GCCUCACGUCCCCACCACAUCCAGUUGAGCGGUACUUCCAGCAGGAUUCGCCGAAAAUCCAUUGAUUAUGUUAGAAUUGACGUUGGGUUUGGGAAUUUUUGAUUGACAAUUGUUUUGCAGGAUUGGUAUAUUUGAGAAGCUCUUGUCCGAGUGUAAUUCGUGAGAACGGUAGGUAUGAUGAGAUUUUUCUCGGCAUUCAGCUGGAAGUAGCUAAUUCAUGUUAGGGAUGGUGGGCUCUGGAGCCAGAGCAUGGCUGCUACCCACCACCACCUCCAUAUCCGUGACGUCGCGCAGCAUUGCAUCGACAAACAGCUUGAAAGCUCGCCCUUGUUUGCUGUUCGCAUCUCUGCAGCAGCAACAGCUUGGACGACAAGGACUCUCACGGUGGGCUAAAAUUUCCCCGAGCAAGAGGAAAAUAUGGCGCAGACCGGUUAUAACUGGUACCUUAAGCACGAGCGCGACUCCCAGCGGCGGAGAUCCAGGCGAGCCCGUGGAUCAGGGCGCCUCCAGCCUUGGAAGUACGCGUCUCGGAAGACUUAUCUCCGUGCGCAGGCGGGAGCUUCUGCAGAGAUGGAACACGGUUCGGCGGAACUUCCCAGCCAAGAUCUUCCUCCUGCUAUUCGGAUUCUUCUCAGCCAAUGCGUUGGCCACCAUCUUAGGACAGACCGGGGACUGGGAUGUCAUUGCUGCUGGCAUUCUGGUUGCCAUCAUCGAGGGUGUCGGUCACCUUGUGUACAACCGCAUGCCUGCUUUUCUCGGCGAACGCGGCAAACCCAUAAUCGAGUUGGUGAAUUACUGGAAGAUCGGAUUCGAGUUCGCUCUCUUCGUGGACGCAUUCAAGGUCGGAAGUUGAGACACCGAGCCCCGGCAAUCAAAUUUUGACUCUCUUCCGAACGUCGCUCCACAAUCCAUUUCGAGUCUUGGCAUUGACGUAGAAUUAACAACCUUACUCCAGAUAAUCUCCACACCUAUCUUUCGAGUGUCGAUGCAGGUAUCUCCGCAGUAUGUUUGCCCUAAAAUGCGAUCAGAGGCAUUGAAGUUUAUUUGAAGAUUCGGCCAAUUCAUGCACUGAGUUUUGUCGAUGUAAAAUUAUUGUAAUUUAUUUGUUGAGAAGCAUCUGGUGAGGAUCAUCCCGUAUUCCGACCCUGGGCCUUGCUCAAACUCCUUUGUUUCCCCGA